AGCAGUUGCCGUAGCGGAGCCCUCUGGCUCUGGGCGAGAGUGUGAGUGGCUGGUAGCCGCUGGCGGAGCCGCGGACGGUUUGCUGAGCCCGUUAGUGCUGCCGCCAUGUCCCGCUACCUGCGCCCCCCCAACACGUCUCUGUUCGUCAGGAAUGUGGCGGACGACACCAGGUCUGAAGAUUUACGUCGGGAAUUUGGUCGUUAUGGUCCAAUAGUAGAUGUUUAUGUUCCGCUUGAUUUCUACACUCGACGGCCAAGAGGAUUUGCAUAUGUUCAAUUUGAGGAUGUUCGUGAUGCUGAAGAUGCUUUACAUAAUUUGGACAGAAAAUGGAUUUGUGGGCGUCAGAUUGAAAUACAGUUCGCACAGGGGGAUCGGAAGACACCAAAUCAAAUGAAAGCCAAGGAAGGGAGAAAUGUAUACAGCUCUUCACGAUAUGACGAUUAUGAUCGAUAUAGACGUUCUCGGAGCCGAAGUUAUGAAAGGAGGAGAUCAAGGAGUCGCUCUUUUGAUUACAACUAUAGGAGAUCUUACAGUCCUAGAAACAGUAGACCGACUGGAAGACCACGGCGUAGCCGAAGCCAUUCCGACAAUGAUAGAUUCAAACACCGAAAUCGAUCUUUUUCAAGAUCUAAAUCCAAUUCAAGAUCACGGUCCAAGUCCCAGCCCAAGAAAGAAAUGAAGGCUAAAUCACGUUCUAGGUCUGCAUCUCACACCAAAACUAGAGGCACCUCUAAAACAGAUUCCAAAACACAUUAUAAGUCUGGCUCAAGAUAUGAAAAGGAAUCAAGGAAAAAAGAACCACCUAGAUCCAAAUCUCAGUCAAGAUCACAGUCUAGGUCUAGGUCAAAAUCUAGGUCAAGGUCUUGGACUAGUCCCAAGUCCAGUGGCCACUGAUAAUAUAAAUCAUGAUACUUUCUAGGCAUGUAUCAUUCAUUUACUCAUAGUUUGGUAUACUUAAAUUAUCAGGAAUACAAUGUUGCAAUGAUGCGUUUUAAAAAAAAAAUAAAAUAAAAAACACUUGUUAGUUUUCCCUGUACCAGGCAAUGGUUAUAAUUAAAAUGAUAUGCUGUUGAGAAGCCACUCUUAAGAGUCCAGUUUGUUUAAUGUUAUGGGCAGCUACCAAUUUGUGGUGUCUCUGUAUAUUUUUGUAAAGAUCCUCAUUUUUUUAUGCUUGAAGUAUUUGGUGAAAAGAUGUUGGUUGACCAUAAUUUGCAACAUUGUCUUAUUAAAAAUAAAUUUUCAUAUCCAUAUUUGGUAGAAGUGUUAACCUAGCAAUGUAGCUUGCUAAGAAGAUAGAAUGAUACAAAACUAAAGUUGUAGCCACAUUACAACACUGACUGCUCAGACACAUUUAGGUUCAGGGUGGACCUUUAUGUCUUGUCAAGAUGUCUAAGCCCAUGGUGAUUAUUUAUGAUGCAAUGUGGAAUAGGUUUUGUUUGUUUGGUUGGUUUGGUUUUGAUUUUUGUUAACUCCACUGUCUGGGGAAUGAUGCCAACUGGGUUAAAUAGUAUUUUCAGGGAGAUUGAAUUUUUCAGUGAAACAUGGAGCCUUCCCUGCUUUCCCCUUCCCCCCGCCCCGCUGGUUUCAAAGAAUUGAAACGUAAAAUUAUUCAUAAGAAUUCCCCCGUAGGUUUUGAACAUGUCAGUGAUGGCGGGAAUCAUUUUAAGGGGAAAAGACUGUUUUUAGCAUAGUUUCUCUAAAAUUCAACUAUUAUUCUUUAGGGGUUUUAUUUUGUUUGUUUGUUUUCUGUUAGGAGCAAGUAAACUGUUUGAAAGUACAAUUUGUUUAUAUACAUAGUGUAAAACAAAGUGAAUUUUGAUGCUUACAGCACUUGGUGUGUUUGUAUCAGAGUCUGCCUGUCUUCUUCAUGAGGAAGGCUUGCUCUUUACACCUCAAUUUAUUAAUGUAGGCAAGUUGAAAAGAUGACACUCCUAGGUGAUUCUGUGGUGCCGUGAAUUUUUGGGAAAUGUUGAAUUUUAAGCAAAGGCCACAUCACUUAGUUUUUGGUAAUGUAGGACAUGACUAAAAUAAGGAAGCGAUACCCUUAAAUAUUUAUGAUUUCUAGUAUUUCUCUUCAAGAUCGUUAGGAGACAGUAAAGUGACUUGAAAUGUCCAGUGUCAUUUCAGAAUUAAAAGUAAGCAUCUUUAAAAUCUCAGACUGCUUGCUUAUGGAGGUGAGUUGAGAUAGCGUGGGGGCGAUCCUUCCAGAGGAUUACCUGAUUUUUUUUCUUUCAAUUUUGAUUUUAGAAAUCUAGGCCUUGCUUGUAGAGAAUAAAAGAUGGUUUUUAAGAACUGUUUGUGGAAUGUGUUUGGAGGAUUAAUUCUAGAAUCUUUGUAUAUUUAAUAGUAUUUUUAACUUUCAUUACUGUUUGCAGUUAAUGUUCUUGUUCUGCUAUGCAAUCAUUUAUAUGCACGUUUCUUUAAUUUUUUUAGAUUUUCCUGGAUGUAUAGCUUAAACAACAAAGUCUAUUUAAAACUGUAGCAGUAGUUUGCAGUUCUAGCAAAGAGGAAAGUUGUGGGGUUAAACUUUGUAUUUUCUUUCUUAUAGAAGCUUCUAAAAAGGUAUUUUUAUAUGUUCUUUUUAACAAAUAUUGUGUACAACCUUUAAAACAUCAAUGUUUGGAUCAAAACAAGACCCAGCUUAUUUUCUGCUUGCUGUAAAUUAAGCAAACAUGCUAUAAUAAAAACAAAAUGAAGGAAAUAAUGAUUAACUGGAAUUAUUAUAGUACUGAAUGAGUCUAAAAUAAUGGAAAUAACCAUUUUUUGUAGAUUUAGGAAUAUUUUAAUCAGUGUUGACAUUAGGUACAACUAACCUGUUCUGGGGAUGAUAGGACUUGCCAGAAACCUACAUAUUUUACAUAGUACUUAAGAGUUCCUUAUGUCAAAGUCAUUUCAUGAUUGCUCACUAAGCCUCUUCAGUUAAAUCAUAUAAGAGGUUAUUUAGUAGUGUUGAUAGGCAUGUGAAAAUGAAAAUUUGACAAGCUAACUAUAAAUUUAUGUUUUCAUUAUUACAAAGUAUCAAUUCUCCUCUUUCCUUUUCCUAAAGAAGACAUGUUGGGUUUUGUGUUUAUGACAUGAUUUUAGAAGCUUUUUCAUUGAAUGUUCGUGAGCAAUUUAAACAAUGACCACUUUGGGGGAGGGAGGAUUUUAGGUAUUUUUGUGGAUUGAAUUCUCUUUUGCAGUAACAGUUAUAACUGAUUUAGUAUUUAUGCUAUGCCAGACAUGGUUAAAGAGACUUGGUUGAUUCGUUCACUCUUCACAAAACCCUUUUAGGAAGAUACUCCCCCCCAUAUCUGGAAACUAAAGGCACAGUAAAUGCUACCAAUGACAGAGCCAAGAUUUGAGCCCAGAUUUGAUGCUUAAAUGUUUAAAAAAAAAAAAAAAAGUAGGUAAAGAGGUACUCCCUUAACACUGUGCUCAGUCUGUUUUGUUAAUUUCUUACACUCAAACUGUUUUAACUUGAGAAGCUUACACAUCGUGUAUGACAUGGUAUACCCAACAGAGCUUCACAAGGACUAUAUACAGUUGGACUCAUAGUGGCAUCCUACUGAGACCCGGUGAGGAUUUUCAGUUUUAAGCUAAGUAUGGGUCACACUAAGUUUCAUAGUCAGUGAGACCCUCUUGUGUGUCUACACUGGGCUCUAUUGAAUAGGACAUUUGUGUUGAGACUAAGAUGAAGGCUGACGCUUCGCCUUUCUUUUUACUUAAGCUCUCUGCCUUUUUCCCCCCUCUAAAUAAGCCAAGUAAGCAAGAAGAAAAGUGAGAGGUGAUGAUGCUUCAGUGAGAGAACGUAGAGUUUGAGCUGUUAAGUUACAACCUAGGGAACAGACCUGGGAACUACUGUACUAUUCUCUUGAAAAUUUGGCCCAGUAAGCUGCUACAUCCAGUUCAACUAACAAAAUCCUGUAUACCACAGAGAAGAAUAAAGAGAAAACCAAACUGACAAACAUCCUUCUUUUAUUUAAGACCAAACUGCAGCUGGAAUACCCAGUACAGUUCUGCUUACUACACUUCAAGAAAGAUCUGAAAGCG